UAUGGUGAUGUUUUAAACGUCCUCAUAUCCAGUAAGAAGAAGGGAAGUGCUGUGGUGGAAUUUGCAACCGUCAGAGCAGCUGAACUGGCUUUCAAGAACGAGAGUGGUUUGACGGGGAACCCUCUGAAGAUCUCGUGGUUGGAAGGACAGCCUGAAGUCAUCUCUCCAGUGUCUCUCGGCCCCGGCCUGUCCUCACCUGCACAGGGCUCCCUGAGCAGCGAGCGGGACUACGAGAGCGUGGUGCUGAUGAAGAUGAGGCAGGCGGCCGAGAGACAGAAGCUGAUUGAGCAGAUGCAGAGAGAGGACGAAGAGGCGUCCUAGCACAGGAACAACCUGACACUGCCAGCCUCACAUCCGUCUGCACCAGCAGCUUUAGUUUCAUAAAGCUUCAUCUGGGGUUUAAAUCUCUUUUCAGGAUUAUCAUUUUUUAUAAUGACAAAAAAUAGACUGUAAUAAAUAUGAUGUUUACUGAA